UGUUACAUAUUCUUUUGCAUCCUAUCCCAUGCAUCCGCGUUCCUUUUGCCGAUAUAUGUGCUUGCUUGUGUGCUAAUGCUCCGUUUCGAUUUGUCCAAUGCAUGAUUGACCGUGGAUGUUCUUGCGUGUGCUAAUGCUCUGUUUUGAUUGGCCUAAUGCAUCGUUGACUGGAUUUGUUACUCCUUCCGAUCCAUAUUAAUUGUCGAAAUAUUACAUCUAUCUAGACGCCUUUUAGGCGUAGAUACAUCCAUAUUUGAGCAAAUUUGGGACAUAUAAUAUGGAUCGGAGGAGUAGUUGAUUUAGUCCUACUUUAGUUUAGGGUUCGGGAAGGAUUGAUUUCGGACCUUAGGUUGGGUGCUCCUGCCUUUCAUGUCCCCGUGAACACCGUCAACUGCUGCCAUGAGAUCAAGCAUUCAAGCUGGUGUAGAUGGGCAGUAGCUUGACUGGUUAGAUUGGACCGGACAGGCGGAACAGAUGGCUUUCUGAUUCAAGUUUUACAGAUGGCCUUGCCUCCCAAGUGCUCUCAUGGUUGACACUAACACACUUAUUCUUGCUGGUGCCAGAGUCCCAGGCCUUACCGCCUCGGGAUAUGCUGACAGCAAAAUUAUGCUGUGUUUGUUCGGUCUCCCUAAGCAUUGUGGUGCUAUCUGUUUAAAAGAUAGUGCAGAGGUGCAUUUUCUACUUUUGGUUUGAGGAGCCAUCUGUUUGAAAGCCUAGGGCCAAGGAGGUGCAUCUUUACUUUGGAUCGUGGGGCCAUCUGUUCAAAAGAAUAAUGCCAAGGUACAGACAAGUAAUUGUUACAUAGCCGCCGCUAGAUCUAAAGUUGACCAUGACCAGGAGAGGGAAAAUGUAGUUGUUAUCCUUUUCCUUCUUACAAAAGUAACUCAACCAAAAUACAAUUAUUUACUCUACAAGAACUAUAUGCUUGUUAUGCCUAGUAUACUUGGUUUAACCUAUAUCUGUUUUAAUUGUGUUAUUCAUCCUACUAGUAUUUGUUUUUUUGCUAGAUCUCCUAUUUUCAACCAUGCUCGAUGUUAUGCCUCUCAUACCACUAUUCUUUGUUCUUUUUCUAUUAGUCUUUGUCAAGUUGUAUGUGUUAGAUGAAAUCUUUGCGUGACCAAGUGUGUGGGGAAAUCAAGUCAAAAUAAUUUGGUUUUAAAUAUUAUUUUUAUACAAAUAUAAUGUUAUUUUCAUUGCAUUUGUACAACACACUUAUCAUACCAAUUAGAACGGCUUCUAGAGGGUUCUUAGUUUUCAAAUUUUAUGCUCUUCUCUUAUUAAAUCACAUUUUGAAUCACAGUCUACGUGAGGUUUGAGGUUAGUGCCUUUAUAUAAAGGAAACAUGUUUUGUGAUUUGAUGUAUUAAAAUUGGUGGAAAUUCAUGGAAUGGUAUAUGGUCAAUUGGGGAACAAAUUUAUGUUCAAUACUAAGAAACUACAUUUUACAAUCUCCCGAUUGCGCUAUAUUCUCUCAAAUUUGUGUGAAACGUACGUGGGAACUACACCCGGUAGUAUGAAAAAGUCAUCUACUCCCGGGUGUAGUUACUCCCAUGUUGAAUAUUCUACCAUAUGAUACAAUAUAUUAUAUUUUAUCACUUUUAAUAAAUUCAGAUACUAUAUAUAAGAUACUUCAAAGCGAGCUACAUGAAAAAAUUGCAAGUUGGCACGUAGUUUUUACUAUGUUGUAGAAAUGUCUUCAUAUUUGUAUAUACAAUAGAGUAUGCUAAAAAUUGCAUAUUCUACCUAAAAAGUUGAAUAUAUUUUAUAUUCUACAUACUGCAUACUACCCAUAUACACAUUCUACAUUCUCCCGAUUGCGCUAUAUUCUCCCAAAUAUGUGUGAAACGUACGUGGGAGUAACUACACCCGGUAGUACGAAAAAGUCGUCCUUUCUAAUAAUGUUAAUGUUUUUAUUUCUAUGACAUGAAAUAUGGUGUGUAUUUUUUGUAGACAAUUUAUUGUAGUUGUGAAGUCUAAUUUUGCAUAAAUGACGUUUGACCAUAAAUAAUCAUGUUUGUAAGCAUGUAGUGAAGCUCACUUGACAACAUACUCUAGCACUAACAUCAAACUUGCUUAGAUCAAAACAAUUGGUAGAAGAUCUAUGGUCUAUCUGGUUACAUUAUUAGUUAGACUCAAUUAUUGGUGGAAUUUUCUCCACACUUGGUCGCAUACUUAAUUUGACUACGAUUAGUCAUCACGGUGUAAGUCAUUCGAAAAAAGUUUCCAAUGUUAUUAUAUUUAUGACACGUUAUCUACAUAUUAUUCGUCUUAUUGAUGGUUAAAGUUAAAACUCGAAAUGUGUUAGCGCUAUUCUUUGUGAAAAGGUUUUAGUAUCUCUUACCAACUUUAUGGUUCUAUAAUUUUCCAUGCAUGAUGUUGUCUACAUUCAUUUUACAAUAUCAUCCAUUGUCUUUUGGAACUCCUUCCAAACAUUUCUAUAUUUUUUUGCUUUAGGAAAGCUAUUAUUUGUUAAAUUAUUUCUAUGUUUAUUGUUUUCGUUUUGUGGUAAAAGUUAUUGAACAAUUACAUUGUGCAACUGCAAAGUUGCAUAUUAGUAACUUAUUAAACAUGUUUUCUUUUAUAGUGAUUGUGCUUGUGUUUUAUGUAGAUACGUCUUGGAUGCGAUAGUGUUUGUUGGCACUCGUAAUUUGUUACUUGUCUCAAUAAAUUGAGUCGUAUCCCAAGAUGGGAAACCGAAGACAGAAUUAUGGUCGUACCUUUGGUCCAAGGUCGCGCAAGCCAUCCAGAGAGAAGACUAUAAUGUGGAAAAGGUGUGUCAACGAGACGAAGAAAACCAAAGAUUUCUUCAGGAGGGUGUCGUUCCCAAAUAACUCUAGAGUAGUAGUGCAGGCACGGCGACCGUUGCCCUCGGGUUUGAUGUCAAACAAAGGUACGGUUUGUUCGCAGAAGAAUAUAAAGAAGUCUAGACCCAGACAAAGUCACAUUGAGAAGCCUAGAUUAGACAAUGUCAGAGCCUGUCCAUCGAAUAACUUCGAAAACCCUAAGCCCUCUUUUCGAGGGUUGAACAAUCGUCUGGUUUCUUUGCAAAAGAAUACGGAGUUAUCCUCGAGGUUAAACAAAGCUCAAACUUCUUCACCCAAGAAUACUGAGAAUCCUAAGCCCUCUUCCUCGAGCCUGGGUACUGAAAGAAUGCCCAUGCCAAAGGAUAACGAGGUGCCUAGAUCGUCUGUCCUAAGGCUAAACAAUGGCAUGGUUCCUCAACCGAGGGAUAAUGAUAAGCCUAGGACAUCUCGGCUUCCGGGUGGAUUUUCCUCAGGAAAGUUGGAAAAGCUUGGUUUCAUAGGGUCGAAGGUUGACCCAGAUUCCGAAUCUCAUAUUUCAAAAAAAGUGCAUCCCUCUUCAAUGGUUCAUAACUCACGCAAUGCCGAGCAAAUGGCGAGCGUUCAUGUUCAGAAAGAAAAUCAAGUCAUACAAAACCACCGGUGCAACUUGGGAGGUAAUUCUUUCCCUAAAAUUGGCAAGGAAUUGUGUGCUGACCCGAUGAUGGAGGCAUCAUCCAUGGGCAAUAACAUGGAGCUGAAUGCAACAUUAGACCAUGGGCUGAAUGAUGACGAGUUUAAGAGAAAGAGGACUGAUCCAUUGUUGGAAGAGAAGCUUGAGACACCGAUGAAGAGGACCAAACCACAUGAGGACCAUGAUAGUGAAAAAGUUGAGAAUUGUAAACUGGUGAAGAGAAGGAGAAUAUACAAAUAUGAAGAUGACGAUGACGAUGAUCAAAAUCUUGUGGGUGUUGAAGGUGGAACUGGUGCAUUGAUCACACAAACUGCUUUAGUGAAGAGUACCAAGGUCUUGAAUCCAUUAGUUUCCGAAUCUAUCAAGGUGCAACAGCAUAGUGACCUGCCAAUUGAUGAACCCAUAUGGAGUGGUGUCUUUAAGACAGACAAUAAGGAAUAUGUGCCUUUGGCUGCACAUUUGUCAGUAAAACACUGUGAGAAGGUGUGGAAAAUUUCAAGAUCAUUGCAGCCUAAGGUUGAAGUGACGAAGCUUUCUCGGUUGGAGGCUUGGCCAAAAAGCUUUGAGACAUCAAGGCCCACUGAUGAUAACAUCGCCUUGUAUUUCUUGCCCCAAGAAUUGAGGCAAGAUGCACACUUGGACCAACUAGUUCAAGAAGUUAUCGAGAAUGAUAUGGUCUUACGAGCUGUUGUUGGUGAAGCUGAGAUGCUGAUAUUUCCUUCUGUUCUACUGCCUGAACGACACCAAACCUUCAAAGGGAAACACUACCUCUGGGCGGUAUUCAAGCGCAUCGAAGCUAAGGUUGCCACACCCACACUGCAUGAAGAACAACAUCGCAUAGGCUCUUGUGCACGGGAGGAAGAGAAGCAUGCCUCACCGAGGAUAGAUGGUCACCAGGUGACAGGGUUAAACAUGCGCGUUGGACUUGAAGCUCCUGAAGAAGCUGAGAGGCAAGUUAAAGAAAAGGAACAGACUCCCUCAACUGCUCGACCCAACGCACCAAGACCUGCUGAAGGCGCAGCCCGCUCUGCACCAACUCCUACCAUGCCUACCGCAGUGCCUGCAAACAAUGGGCAGAUCAUUUCAUCCUUUGGUGUUCCCACAGGAGCACUCUUUGGUUUCAUCUCUGGACAGACGCCACGACUCGAGCAACUCAUCAAAGAGAUGCGAAGUGAAGGUGCCUUGGUGAUUGCAAUGCGAGGGGAGAUAAUAGGUUCUGGUCUUGGCCAGGCAACAGCAAAGUGAUGGUGCCAAGGUGCCGCUGAGCUCAUUCCGAUGUGAUGUGUCGUAGUGGCAGCAGACCAGCAGCUAUGUUGGGAAGUAACUGGAGUCUGACCUUGAGCUUUGGUAGAUCUUCUAGCGUCUGUGCGUGCUUGAAAGAAGCCUGUUCAGGUUCUUGCAUCACCACAGGUAGUGAAGUGUUCUUCCAGUUAAGUAGAGGCUAGGUGGUGCUAUGUUCCUGUUAGUGUACUUGUCGCAGUUCAGUGGAACCUUUUUUAGCCAACAAGUUCUGUUAAGUACUUGAUGUUUUUCUUGCAGUAUGCUCCACUGCUAUGCUAAUUA